AUGGUAGACAUUGUAAAGUUUCAUCCAUCUGUUUCGAAUCAUUUUCUUUCAAAUAAUCAAAAUCUACGAAAUAAAUUAACUUCUCAACAAUUCAAUUUACCAAUUUUUCUUUCAAGGGAUUAUAGUUUCUCUAAAACAAAUCAUCUAAAAAAUAUUCAUACAAAACGAUGGAUUGAUCAUUGUUCUGAUAAUUCAUCUCGUUUACUGGAUGCUUCAAAUUUACCAUAUAGUGUACAUCGAAAAAUUAUGUACCAACAAUUAUCUCGACAGUAUACAACAACAGUUCGCGUCAAUGGACCAUUAAAAUCUAAACAACAACGCAAUGCAAGUAAAGAUAUAACAACAGGAUGUGGAGGAACAAAUGUUACAUCUCAACCAUCAUUCUCUAAUGGUGAUAUACAAAGUUCUUAUGUAUUCAAUACACUUUCAAAAUAUAUUACAAUUAAAUCAGAACCUCUUCGUCCAUCAAAUAGUUUCACAAGAAGUUCAACAAAUACAUCAACUUCUUGGCAAAGAUAUUGGGCAUCAACACAUGCACAAAGACGACGACAAGAAGCGAAUGAUCCUGAUACUGAUUUAAAUAGUCCAAAAUGUAAAAAAUCAAUAUCUGGUCAAACACAUUUUGUUGUUCUUCGUGAUCCACCAUUUCCUAAUAAUGGAUAUCAAACUAGUGAUGAAAUAUCAUCAACUGUACCAAGUAAUUGUAGUCUAUCUAAAAUAUCCACAACCGCUACAGUUAAUAAACAAAUAUUCUCAAAACAAAAAGAUGAUAUUAGUACAUUAACAAAUCAAGUUUCUUCUAUAGAAUUUGUUGGAUCAUCAUUAAUUCCAUCAUCAACUCAAAUAAAUUCUUUUACAAUUCUAUCAAAAUCAACAUUAACUAUUCCAUUAGCAUCAGCAGAUAAAGAUAAUGAAAAAAAUCUUCGAGAAAAAUCUUUAUUAUCAUCAUCGUCAUCAUCAUCAUCAUCACCAUUAAAUUUUAAAAGUAUAAGUCAAAUUAUUGAAGAAAUUGCUGAUGCACAAAAACCGAUUGAACCAAUAACAACAAAAGUUUUAAAACUUUUAUUACCAGAAGAAAAAACAAAACUUAAGAAACGUUCAUUAAGAAGACGAAGAUCAAGAUCAAAAUCAUUAGACAAAAGACUAGUAAGAACACCAUCAGCAUCAAAACGAAAACAUCCAAUAUUAACAGAUCAAAAUUCAUCUAACAGAUCUAAACCAUCAUCAUUAUCAACAAUAUUGAAAACAAUACCAAAAUCAAAAUAUUCAGCAAGAAAAUGGGAUGAACCUUAUAUUGGCCUUCGUUUUGAUCCACCAACACCACCAUGUUCACCAUCAUUAUAUAUUUGGCCUCAAGAUAGUGAUGAAGAAGAUAAUCAGACAUUAUUUGAAAAAUCAGAAAUAUUUGAACAUAAUUCAACUCCUAUAGUUUUAAAACGGUGUCAGUUUUGA